AUGGUCAAGGCUGUUGCUGUUAUCCGUGGUGACUCGAAGAUCGCCGGUACUGUUACCUUCGAGCAGGCCGACGAGUCUGUCCCCACCACCAUCACCUGGAACAUUACCGGCCACGACGCCAACGCUGAGCGUGGUUUCCACAUCCACCAGUUCGGUGACAACACCAACGGCUGCACCUCCGCCGGUCCCCACUUCAACCCCUUCGGCAAGACCCACGGUGCUCCCACUGAUGCCGACCGCCACGUUGGUGACCUUGGUAACUUCAAGACUGAUGCUGAGGGCAACGCCAACGGCUCCGUUCAGGACAAGCUUGUCAAGUUGAUCGGUGCCGAGAGCGUUCUGGGCCGUACUCUCGUCGUCCACGCCGGCACUGACGACCUCGGCAAGGGUGGCAACGAGGAGUCUAAGAAGACUGGUAACGCUGGACCCCGCCCUGCUUGUGGUGUCAUUGGUAUUGCCGCUUAA